CGUCGCCCCCCCUCGGCCGCGGGGAGGGGGAUGCGGACGGGGGAAGAUGGCGGCCUCGAACAACCCGCGGAAAUUCAGCGAGAAGAUCGCGCUGCACAACCAGAAGCAGGCGGAGGAGACGGCGGCCUUCGAGGAGGUCAUGAAGGACCUGAGCCUGACCCGCGCGCACCGGCUACAGCUGCAGAAAACCCAAUAUUUGCAACUGGGGCAGAGUCGUGGCCAGUACUAUGGGGGGUCAUUGCCAAAUGUGAAUCAGAUUGGGAACAGUGCCAUGGAUCUCCCCUUCCAGCACAACGGAGCUCUGGCUGAAGCCUUUGGAGCAGUUCCUGUCUCUUUGACCCCGUUCCAGUCGUCGGCGCUGGACACGAGCAGGACCACGCGGCACCACGGGCUGGUGGACAGAGUGUACCGGGACCGGAACCGCCUGGGCUCGCCCCACCGCCGCCCGCUCUCCGUGGACAAGCACGGCCGCCAGGUGGACAGCUGUCCCUAUGGCACCGUGUACCUGUCCCCGCCGUCGGACACCAGCUGGAGGAGGACAAACUCUGAUUCUGCCUUGCACCAGAGCACCAUGACUCCAGCUCAGCAGGAAUCCUUUUCAGGAGGGUCACAGGACAUGCAGCAGAAAAGAGUUUUAUUGCUGACUGUCCCUGGAAUGGAAGAACCCACCUCUGAUGCAGACAAAACCCUCUCUAAGCAAGGCUGGGACACUAAAAAGACUGGGUCAUCGAGACCUAAAUCCUGUGAAGUUCCAGGAAUCAACAUCUUCCCGUCGGCGGAGCAGGAGAGCAGCACGGCCCUGAUCCCUGGCGCGCACAACACGGGCGGCUCCCUGCCCGACCUGACCAACAUCCACUUCCCCUCGCCCCUGCCCACGCCCCUGGACCCCGAGGAAUCCUCCUUCCCUGCCCUGAGCAGCUCCAGCAGCACCGGCAACCUGGCUGCCAACCUGACCCACCUGGGCAUCAGCACUGCCAGCCAGGCAGGAAUGACGACGACGCCGGCCCCGUCCCAGCACCGCCAGCCCAGCGUCAGCCCCCUGUCCCUGGGCACGGACUCCCGGCGCCCUCAGUCCCAGCAAAUGUCCCCCACGCUGUCCCCACUGUCACCCAUCACUCAGGCCGUGGCCAUGGACGCGCUGUCCCUGGAGCAGCAGCUGCCCCCGUACCCGUUUUUCAGCCAGCCCAGCUCGCAGCAGCAGCCGCAGCCGGCGGGGGCCAGCUCGCUGCCGCAGCCCCCGGCCCUGCUGCAGAGCUCGGGGCUGCAGAGGGGCCCCCAGCUGCCCCCCCUGUCCGUCACGGUGCCCUCCAGCAUCCCCCAGUCCCCGCCGGGCAGCCAGAGCCAGCCCUCCGUGGGCAUCGACAUCAACUCGGCCUCACUCCAGCAGUACCGCAGUAAUGCUGGCUCCCCAGCCAACCAGUCUCCCACCUCUCCUGUCUCCAAUCAAGGCUUCUCUCCUGGCAGCUCCCCUCAACAUUCUUCCAUGCUGGGCAGUGUUUUUGGGGACUCCUAUUAUGAGCAGCAGAUGACAGCUAGGCAGGCUAAUGCCCUCUCCCACCAGCUGGAGCAGUUCAACAUGAUCGAGAACGCCAUCAGCUCCAACAGCCUGUACAGCCCCUGCUCCACCCUCAACUACUCGCAGGCCGCCAUGAUGGGACUGACGGGCAGCCACGGCAGCCUGCAGGACUCGCAGCAGCUCAACUACUCCAGCCACAGCAACAUCCCCAACAUCAUCCUGACAGUGACAGGAGAAUCCCCCCCCAGCUUAUCAAAAGAACUGACCAGCUCCUUGGCAGGAGUGGGGGACGUCAGCUUCGACACGGAUUCCCAGUUCCCUCUGGAUGAACUCAAAAUUGACCCUUUGACCCUGGAUGGACUUCACAUGCUCAACGACCCCGACAUGGUCCUCACCGACCCCGCCACAGAGGACACGUUCCGCAUGGACCGGCUGUGACCCGGGAGCCGCCACGUGGGGGCUUCACCCACCCUGGGGGCUGCAUCCCAACCUGGAGCCACCAUCCCGGGGCUGCAUCCACCCUGGGGGCUUCAUCCAGCCCUGGAGCCACCAUCCCGGGGCUGCAUCCAUCCUGGGGGCUCCCCCUGGGGCUGCAUCCCACCCUGGGGGCUUCAUCCCACCCCAGAGCCACCAUCCUGGGGGCUGCAUCCCACCCUGGAAGCUCCAUCCCAGCCCAGGGUCCAUCCUGGGGGCUCCAUCCCACCCCAGGGGCUGCAUCCCAACCCUGGGGCUCCAUCCCACCCUGGGUCUCCAUCCCACCCUGGGUCUCCAUCCCACCCGAGGGUCCAUCCCCCCCAGGGUCCCUCCUGGAGGGAGCAGCUCUCCGUGUCCCUGUCCCAUGGGUCCCCAGCUUGUUGUUCUGAGCUUGCCGCGCUGCCCAGCCCGUCCCAGCCGUGUCCCCCGAGCCGCUCGUUGCCGUCCAGCAGUCAGGAUUGUCCGGUUUGUCCCGGUGGUUUAUCCCGGUUUGUCCCGGUGGUUUAUCCCGGUUUGUCCCAGUGGUUUAUCCCGGUUUGUCCCGGUGGUUUAUCCCGGUUUGUCCCGGUGGUUUAUCUGAUUUAUCCCAGUGGUUUAUCCGGUUUAUCCCAGUGGUUUAUCCGGUUUGUCCCGGUGGUUUAUCCCAGUUUGCCAUCGGUUUCCCCUGCCCAGCCCCCUGCCCCAGUCCCUGUGCACCCCGGGGGGCUCUGGGCAGCGGGGCUGGAGGGGCGCUGCCCCCUUGGCAGCCAAUGCCCGCGGUGCCACCGUGCCCGGGGCUCUGCUGGUGGCACUGCCAGCCCUGCCGGGCCCGGGGGUGUCCCCAGCUCUGGUCCCUCCCUCCUGCCCCAGCAGUCCCGGCCACGCGGAGCCGCCAGGCCCACAAAGCCACUUCAAACACUAUUGGUUCCAAGCUUUCUAUGGUUUUGUUUUAUUUUUGUUUUUUUUUUAAUAUAUAUGUAAUAUAUAUCUAUUUCUAUAUAUGGCUACAUAUAUAGAGAGCAUUUCUGAGCACACAUGAAAGUUCUAUAAUUCAUUACUUGAUUAGACAGAGGAUCAGAACAUCUUAAAGCAGCUAAAAAAAGAUAGAGACUAACCUGCAUAAUCCUAAUUUUUACUUUGUGAGAGAUUCCUGGGCAACAGGAAGGGCAUUUCCAUAGCAAUGCCAGGCUCGUAGAAUCAUGAUUUUUUAAUUUUUUAUUCUUAUUCAUUACUUAUUCUGUUACUUAUUUAUGACUUUUUUUGGUUGUUGUCGUUGUCAUUUCUUUUUUUUUUAAUUUUAUUUAAAUAUUUGGAUAUUAGGAAAGUAGCUCAACUACAUACAGCCAAUGGAAGCACUCUACAUAAUAUUUGUACAGUACUUUUUUUUUUUGUGGUUUUAUUCCAGAAAUAUAUUAUAUAUAUUAUAUAUGUAGGUAUUUUUAAACUAACUGGAAUUUUAAACAGAUGUUAAGCAGGAAUAAGGAAGCCUAAGGCAAGUUUAGAUAUUUUCCUUUGGAAUAGGCAAAAUAGGGUGGUUGGAACUUAAAAAUUCCUUCAUUCACCCGGGGGAAAAAAAUCUCUUGCUCCACAAUGACCAGGAUUAAAUCCUCCAAAAUUCUGUUUAAUUAAAUGGAGAAUUGAUUAUUUCUGAUGGUCCUUGUGAAUAUUUUGUGCUGCAAAUUUAAAAAAAGAAAAUCCCAUCCAGAUUCCCCAAGGUCAGAAUUGGUGAUUUCACUCUGGCUGAGGGGAGGUGAUUCCCAGAUUUCUGGGAACGAAUGGAAUCAGAGGGCACUGCUGGAGCAUCCUCAUUCCACUGGGGAAGGGCAGGAAUUCAUCAGGAAUUAACAGGAUUUGGAGUCAUUAACUGAUUAGCUAAUUAACUGACGCGGAGGGAGGCGCCUCCAGCCUGGGCUGGGAGGUUCCCAUUCCCAGUUCCCAUUCCCAGCUGGGGUUUGUCCCCCCUGGAUUUCCUCUCUGCCCCAGCCCAAGGAAUUCCCAACCCCAAAGCUUCUCCUCUUUGGGAACGGCCUGGGCUGCUCUUAAUGAGAGUCCCCUGCAAUUAAUGAGAGUCCCCUGCAAUUAACGACUCCUCUCUGCUCUCCUGAGCUCUCCUAAUGAGUUAUCCAAGUUUCUGUGUGCUUCCAGAAAUCCUGGGCUGCCCUGCUGAGGUUCCUGCCUGCUCUGCUGGGUCAGGGUCAGGAUCUCCCCAGCCCUGGGCGUCCCCUCACCUUCUGUGCCAUUUGUUGACCAUUUGCACUAAAAAUGUGGAAUUUUU